UUUCUUCUGGAGCCCAUUUGCUUGCUGCUUGUGGGAUCAAGUUUAAAGCAGCAUCGUGAUUGGCUCACGUCCUCUCUCUCUCUCUCUCUUCUGAAGAAGCUUAAUAAGGAGAUGAGAUGACUCUACGAGAAUACCUGUCGAAGAUGAGGGUUGGAAGAAAGAAGGCUGGGAACAGAGAAAGCUGAAUGAAAAGGCUGAAAGUUUUAAAAAGCUAAGUUUAUAAAAGAAAGCUGAGGGUUAUAUUAUUGAAGGUAAUCGCAGAAAGAGUGAGAAUUCACCACCCAUGUUAGGCAAUAAUUCUUCCUCUGUCGUUCCUUCUUCUGAGCCAUUUUCUUGCUUGGAAAACGGUAAUAACAACAAGAGGAAAAGAAGGCCCGCAGGAACUCCAGAUCCAGAUGCAGAAGUGGUUUCUCUUUCACCCAAAACACUAUUGGAAUCGGAUCGCUAUGUCUGCGAGAUCUGCAACCAGGGAUUUCAGAGAGACCAGAACCUUCAGAUGCACCGGCGAAGGCACAAGGUGCCAUGGAAGUUGCUAAAGAGAGAGAAUCCAGUGGUGAGGAAGCGAGUUUUCGUGUGCCCAGAGCCAAGUUGCCUGCAUCAUGAUCCGUGCCAUGCUCUGGGUGAUCUUGUUGGGAUAAAGAAGCAUUUCAGGAGGAAGCACAGCAAUCAAAAGCAAUGGGUCUGUGAUAAAUGCUCUAAAGGUUAUGCAGUUCAAUCAGAUUACAAAGCCCACCUCAAAACCUGUGGCACCAGAGGCCAUUCUUGUGAUUGCGGUCGUGUUUUCUCAAGGGUGGAGAGUUUCAUUGAACACCAAGAUGCUUGCAGUUUGGGACAUCUCCGGCCGGAACCAGUACAAGCACUACAGCCGGCAUGCUUGUCUCGGACGGCUUCAAGUCCGAGCCCAUCCAGCGAGACCAAUUUUAGCACAGGUCCUUGGCCAACUUUAGUUGUGCCAAAGCCAAAACCACCAGACACGACAUUCUUCAACCCUACUGCUGGAGGGAACUCAUCCAGGACUAUAGCAAGCUACCACAAUCUGGAGCUUCAGCUCUCGACCACCUCGAAUCCCAAUGUCGAUUCCUCGGUUUCCCCUAAAAGAGAUCAUGACACUCAUUCUACCCAACUUCAGCUCUCAAUUGGGUCAUGUGAAUUUGGAGAGAAGAAUGAAUCAAACAUCGCUAAUAGAUACUCACCCAAGGAGCUGAGCAUUAAAAGUGAUCAGAAAUCUGUAGUGGCUGCGUCAAGGCUCAAAGAACAAGCACGCGAGCAGUUAAAGCUUGCCAUUGCCGAGAAGGCUCAUGCCGAGGAGGCUAGACAACAAGCAAAGCGCCAGAUUGAACUAGCAAAGCAGGAAUUUGAGAAUGCAAAGAGACUUAGGCAACAGGCGCAGGCUGAACUAGAUAAGGCUCAGACUCUGAAAGGCCAUGCAAUCAAACAGAUUAAUUCGACAAUUCUUCAAAUAACUUGCCAUGCCUGCAAGAUGCAAUUUCAUGCACUGACAACUGUGCCUUCCGAUGAGAAUUCUCUGGUACUGAGUUACAUGUCGUCCGCCAUAACCACAGAAGGUGAAGUAGUAGAGAUCGACAAUCGGACUGAUCAUGCAAAAUCAGCUAACCCUUAAGAUCUCUCUCUCUGUCAACGCUUUUUUUUACCCUUAAUAUUCUGUCUACCAAUAUACGAAGUGAGUUGUUGUGGCCAUAUUAGGUUUUGAUUUAGAAGAGUGAUCAUGUAUCUUGCAAUUCAUGUUGUUGUUUUUUGUUCAUAAUUAAUUUGGUAAAUGCGGACUA